GGAGGAGGAGGUAUAAAAGGAGAAGGCGGCAGCUAUCAAUCAUUAUUCUACAAUCAUGACGCCUACAAGCAUCUACCAAGCAGCGCUCUACCUCGUGCUAGCACUCAGUGUCAGUGCACUGGAUCCAAAGUAUAGGAGUGAAGACUUUCUAGCAUCCAGGGAGCAUGGACUGGAUACAUACAACAUUUUCCACAUCAGGCAAUGUCUGAUGUCAUCCAGCAAGUUCAACCACGACCUUGCAACAAUGUACAAUGAUGUUAGCAACUGGUACUUAAAAAUCGCAGGAGAGCAUGAAGUGGGGGAGGAACUGUGUCAACAAAUCCACUGCGCAUAUGAUCUGCGCAACUGUCUCCACCCAUCAUUCACAUCGCUGGAAUUCCUUGAAGCAGUUAUUACAAAGUCAGUCGAGGUGUGCUCAGCCUACUGUCAACAUGGGCUGUCAACAACAUCCAGUACUUCAAUCAGCAAUGGCGCCAGCAGAUCCUGAAUCACCAUGCCCUUGCGGUGAUUGCAUGUUUGUCAUGAGUGCAAGGUGGAGUGUUGAGCCACUAUUCAACAUUGGAGAAGGAUAUUAUGAUCCUUUUGGAACUUUCGAGAAUUUUGCUCAAACCUCUGAAUCAUGUAGAAGUAAGAGUACAAGGCGUCUCACAUCCUGCACUAUCAAAGUGUAGAGGUUAUGAAAAGAAAAAAGUUGCAAUCUCUAUCCUCUUCCACAGGAUAUGGAGAAUGUUUGGAUUAGCAUAAUAGACUAUUUAAAGUUGAUGACAUAGAUUUUAUCAGUCAGUAUGGAUAAGACUGUUAUAGCGAGAGAGCUGCACAAGCAGGCUCGUAGGAGGUUCCCUACACGAAUGGUUACUGUGAAAGGUCUUGAUGAUCUUUAUCAGGCUGAUCUUGUAGAGAUGCUACCAUAUGCAAGACAGAACAAAGGCUAUAGAUAUAUUAUUACAAUAAUCAAUUGUCUUAGUAAGUUUGCUUUUGCUAUACCAAUUAAAAGCAAGUCAGCUGAUGAAGUGGUUAAGGCAAUGCAGCCUAUAUUUGAACAGAAUCCCAUGAAGAAUUUGCAAACUGAUGACGGAAAGGAAUGGUUUAAUAGUAGGUUUCAACAGCUUAUGCAAAAGUAUGGCAUCAAUCAUUAUUCAACUUUUUCUGAUAAGAAAGCAUCUAUAGUUGAACGUUUCAAUAGAUCGCUCUAUUCAAUCAGCAAUUGCGCCAGCAGACCCUGAAUCACCAUGUCCUUGUGGUGAUUGCAUUUUUGUCAUGAGUGCAAGGUGGAGUGUUGAGCCACUCACUAUCGCCACCAGUCGUCCCACUAUCGCCACCAGUCGUCCCACUAUCGCCACCAGUCGUCCCACUAUCGCCACCAGUCGUCCCACUAUCGCCACCAGUCGUCCCACUAUCGCCACCAGU